GAACGAAUUGUUCUUUUCUUAAGAUAUCAGGUGAUUUUGUUGUAUUUUAAUGUUAAAAAUAUUUUAAAUGCUAAAACUGAGAUGUUCUAAAAUACAAAUCACAAUAAGUCAAUUUAACGGUAUUAUUUUUGAAAAGUUGUUCUUGCUCAUCUUAUUUAAAAUAAUAUGGAUCAAUAUAUUUAUAAUCAUCAAAAGAAACAAAAUUUUAAUAGGCAGAAGGAGACACUGUUUAUAUAAUUUUAUGCACCUUACAUUUAUUACUUAAUUUUAAAUGCGCUAUUAUCGUAACCUACACUAGAUCCAAGUCUGUCACUUUUUACAAAUUAAUCGAUACUCUUAAAAACUAACAACGGCUACGCAGUAGUAUUUACGAAAGGUAUGUCAAGGGAAUAGACCUGACUUUGUGUAGAAAGCGAGGAUAUUUUGACGUUUGAAUAUCAGGCUAACAGUCAACAUCCGCUUUUAAGGGGACGAAGUGAUUUUAAACUUCAGACAAAACAAAACAACCAAACAGUGACACCUCUUUUAAAGUGGACAUAAACAUUGUUGGAAAAAUUUAUUUGAAAGUAUACUGAUUAUAAAAUAAAAAAGUGGAACACCAACAGACAAUGGACAACCAACUACAAUAUGCUGCAGCAGACAAUAAACUCGCCAACGGCAAGGAGCAUAAACUGCUUCAUGAUGCGCCUCCUACUGAAAAUGACAUGUCAUCUAAUAUGAAGCGACAGUCAGUUAGAACAACUGAGUUUGCCUUGGAUAGGACAAAAAGUUUAUCCUUCGACUGGACUGAAUUUGAGAGGGUCUUUGCUUCGGAGUUCAACACCAAGGCAGGGUUCGAACGUCUCGUCAGUUUCUUAUCAGAAAUCUCGAAGAUUAUCGCAAAAUACCUGAAAUCGGAACGAGAUGUUCGAAACAAAGUUCUGGACUUUCAUCACCCCCACCAACUACGCGAGCAGAUGGACCAUUGUCUGUAUGUUGACGAGAAACCACGAGAUUUGGAGCAAGUCCUUAGCGACUGCAAAGAAACUCUCAAGUACUGCGUUAAAACUGCACACCCCAGAUUUCUGAACCAGUUAUCAACUGGAAUCGAUAUCAUUGGUCUUGCUGCUGAAUGGGUUACGGCUGCAGCCAACACAAACAUGUUCACGUACGAAAUGGCACCAGUGUUUACUCUGAUGGAAGAAGUUAUUCUUGUGCGCAUGCGUAACCUCAUCGGCUGGACAGAUGGCGAUGAAAUAUUCGCUCCCGGUGGAGCAAUUUCCAAUCUCUAUGCGAUGCUGGCUGCUCGCCAUUUGGCUAACCCCGAAGUUAAGGAAAGAGGAAUGGCCAAUGGUACAAGAUUUGCUGUCUUCACGUCAGUGCAGAGCCACUUUUCAAUUAAGAAAGCGGCAAUCCUCCUUGGAAUUGGACUUGAUAAUGUUUUCAGUAUCCCUGCUGACGGAAGAGGCAGAAUGAUUUCUGACGAUUUAGAAGCAGCUAUACAGGAUUCUCUAGAGAAAGGCAUGGUACCGCUAAUGGUAAAUGCUACAUGCGGCACAACCGUCCUCGGGGCGUUCGAUCCUGUGAAUGCCAUUGCUGACGUGUGCCAACGAUAUGGUGUCUGGCUCCAUGUUGAUGGCGCAUGGGGUGGAAGUGUUUUAUUUUCGGAGAAAUACAGAUAUCUUCUGCAAGACAUAUGCAGAGCCGACUCAUUGACAUGGAACCCUCACAAAAUGAUGGGUGUACCUCUACAGUGUUCGGCAAUUUUCUUUAAGAAAAGGGGCAUUCUUUCAGCAGUAAACCAGUUAAAUGCUGACUAUUUGUAUCAGAAGGACAAGGUUUAUGACACAGCUUACGAUACAGGCGACAAGGCUAUUCAGUGUGGGCGUCAUAACGACAUAUUCAAGCUCUGGCUUAUGUGGAGAUCAAAGGGAGAUAGAGGUUUCAGGGAGCAAAUUGACAGAAAUUUUGCAAUGUCAAGGUACCUGCUAGAAAUACUUAGAAAGCGAGAAGACUAUGAACUCGUGCUGCAGGAGAUAGAGGGUCCAACAGUCUGUUUCUGGCAUGUUCCUCUGAAAAUACGGAUGAUGAAGGAAAAACAAGACAGAUUUUUCCACCUUCAUAAGCUUACAGCCAAGUUGAAGGCGCUGAUGAUGGAGAAAGGGUCGAUGAUGAUUCAGUACCAGCCACUUGGGGACCUGCCCAACUUUUUCAGGGUAGCAUUUUCCAACCCUGCGAUAACGCAUUCGGAUGUCGAUUUUAUGGUACAGGAAAUAGCAGAUCUUGCCAAGCAGAUUGACUAAGAGAUGUGUUGGUGUUUCAGAACAAGCCACAAUGGAGGAGAAAUACAUCAGUAGAAUAAACGACGUAGAAACUGGAAGACACUUGACUAUAGGUCAAAAUGAGUGCAAAAACUCUUCAGUAUAAUUAUAACUAUUAUACUAAUAUCUACGGGUGAAACAGAAAUUAAAUUAAUAUUAUAGUGAGAUAUCUUUGUUUUUUUGUAGGGAUUACACUUGUUAGCGACUAAAAAUUUAGUAAAACGUUAUAUUAUA